GAAGUAGCGGGUCUUCCUUGCCUGGGACAUGUCUGCCUGCCACGCUCCCGAGGGAGACUGUUGCUCCGGGCGAUGCGGCGCGCAGGACAAGGAACAUCCAAGAUAUCUGAUCCCAGAACUUUGCAAACAGUUUUACCAUUUGGGCUGGGUCACCGGGACUGGAGGAGGAAUUAGCUUGAAGCAGGGCAAUGAAAUCUACAUUGCUCCUUCAGGAGUGCAAAAGGAACGAAUUCAGCCUGAAGACAUGUUUGUUUGUGAUAUAAAUGAACAGGACAUAAGUGGACCUCCAUCAUUUAAGAAGCUAAAAAAAAGCCAGUGUACUCCUCUUUUCAUGAAUGCUUACACAAUGAGAGGAGCUGGCGCAGUGAUUCAUACCCACUCUAAAGCUGCUGUCAUGGCCACCCUUCUCUUUCCAGGACGGGAGUUCAAAAUUACACAUCAAGAGAUGAUAAAAGGAAUAAGGAAAUGUACCUCAGGAGAGUAUUAUAGAUAUGAUGAUAUGUUAGUAGUACCCAUUAUUGAAAAUACGCCUGAGGAGAAAGACCUCAAAGAACGAAUGGCUCGUGCAAUGAAUGAAUACCCAGACUCCUGUGCAGUACUAGUCAGACGUCAUGGAGUAUAUGUGUGGGGAGAAACAUGGGAGAAGGCUAAAACCAUGUGUGAAUGUUAUGACUAUUUGUUUGAUAUUGCUGUAUCAAUGAAGAAAGUAGGGCUUGACCCUGCACAGCUCCCAGUUGGAGAAAAUGGAAUUGUAUAAGUCGAGUGGAAGUUUAAUUAUAUAGACAGAUAAAGCUAAACUUAAUUAUUACUUAAGGGAAACUUUAUUUUUUUAAAUGAAUUGAAAAUUUUCACAACACUAUUAACUCGUCACUAAAUAUUGCAGAUGGUCACCUUGAAUCUCUUCUGACAUUGGAUAAUAUUUGCUUAUAUUCUUAUAAUUUUAAGUGACAGGGCAGUGAAAUAAAAUUUUAUACACAAUG